AUGGCUAAUUGGAGUGCACUUACUGUACAACCUCACACUUCAGUUGCUUCAUUGCUAGAUCAUAACAGAAGUGAAUUAAUUAGUAACAACCGUCACUACAUUAAAGUUGUCGUUAAAGUUGUCCUCUUUUGUGCUUUGCAGGAGAUCUCUCUACGUGGUCACAGAGAAGGUGAAUCCGCUUCAAACAAAGGUAAUUUUCUUGAGCUAAUGGAGUUGCUUUCUAGCAAUGAUAAGACUCUUAAAGCACAGUUGCGUGCCCUUCCUAGAAAUGUAACAUAUACUUCACACACAAUACAGAAUGAGGUUCUUCACACAUUAGCUACAAAAGUGCGUUCCACUAUUUGCUUCCAAGUCAACGAAGCUCGAUAUUUUAGUAUUUUAGCAGAUGAGACAAGAGAUGUAAGCAAGCAAGAGCAAAUGUCUUUUGUUAUUAGAUAUGUUUCUGUGUCUGAUCAUUCCAUUCAGGAGCGCUUUCUCACAUUUGUUCAUGCCACUGGAUUAGACGCUCCAUCUUUGACACAAUACAUCAAAGACACACUGGCAUUAUAUAAUCUCAAUCCCUUGUGCAUUGUCAGUCAAGGUUAUGAUGGUACCAGUGUCAUGUCUGGGAAGUGUAGAAGAGUACAGACUAGAGUUAGAGAAUUUGCACCUCAUGCUGUGUAUAUAAACUGUCAUGGUCACAUUUCAAAUCUAGUUCUUGUUGAUUCAAUUAAAUCAAUCAACCGAGCGGCUAUGUCUUUUGCCUUGCUUCAGGUACUUUAUGUCUUUAUAUCUUCUUCAAAAGUCCACGAAGUUUUUCUAGCAAAGCAAAAGCAGCUACAUCCAAGUAAGCAACCAAUGGAAUUGCAGAAGCUUUCAGACACUCAUUGGGUUGCUCGUUAUGCCUCAGUGAAUGCUGUCUGUAAAACCUUUGAUUCAAUUCUUUCUGUCAUAGAAGAAUUUAAUGAUGGUUCAGAUUUUGAGAAAUCCAUCGAAGCUAGGG